CCGCGCACCACACCACGCCACUGCCACCUUCCCACUGCAGCUCUACCCCGCUGGCCCCCUUGGCGCGGCCGUCGAUGCCUCCUCGCCGCAGAUCUACCCGCUCUCGCCCUUGGCGCAGCUGCGGACACCUCCUCCCCGCUAUCCCUGCCCGUGAUGCGCUGUCAUCCUGCUCGUCCGAGCCUCUUCUCUGCGUGCGGCCUCUUCGUGCCACCGCCGUGCCGAGGCCUCCCCGCAGCUGCGUUGACUCCUCCCCGCUGUCGCAGGUCCUCGAGGUGCUGGAGUCGGUGCUGCGGAAGGGCAAGCGCGAGGAGCAGGGGGCAGCGGACAGGAAGGAGAAUGCACUCGCUGACAAGAAGAAAGUGCUCGAGAGCCGCAAGAUCAUUCUCACACGCGCCAAGCAGUACGCGCUGGAGUACGAUGCCCAGGUCUGUUGAGGGUUGAUUCAAAAUGAAUGGCUUCUUAUGAUGUGCCAAGGCAACAAAGAUGUAAUGAAUCUAAAUUUCUUGGCUAGCGGUUUUGGUAAGAUUUCUCAUACCUUCAGCCAUUUCCUCUUAUUGUGAUCUGAUUGCUAUAAAACAUCAAAGCAACCUCGAGCACACUAUGCUAGCAAACCCAAGGGUCUCUCUCUCUCUCUCUCGUGUUGGUGAUAUGCCCAAGAGACAAUCAUGCACGAGCCGGAUAUUGAUCCGAGGAGAAUUAGAACCCUAAUAGGCUUCCAGCGUGAAGGCCCAUUAAGUGGGGUCUAUAUAAUGGGGGGCGGGGCUGUGGACGGCCAACACUUCUGUGCCACAAAUCCAAGCUGUUGUCGCCCCUCUUCUCCACACAACCCUAGCCAAGCGCGAGGUGCUAGCACACCGGUGAUCGCCGUUCCCUCCUCGUACGUGUGGACUUCGAGGAGGCGCUGCUGCGUUUCUAUGGUGCUGAUCAGCGGGACAAGAAGGAGCUGCGAGCUGUGAUCUGCUUCCUCUUCACGGACUCGCAACUACGUUGGGGCGAGCUACCCCAACUCUACUUCCGCUAUGUUGCGUGUCUAGUGGUAAUGAUCCAUGAUCAUCCGCUUACAUGAGAUGCUUGUUGAACACGGUAGCUAGCUUAGGUUCCCCAUUUCCUAUCAAUGGUAUCAGAGCGAUCAUGUUUAGCCUUUGGUCUGGAUGCGCAUACAGAGAUAUGCUUUGUUUAUGGUUUUGCAACUUGUUCAUAUGCGAUGUGUAGAUUGAUGCACGAUGUGGGAUCAGUACGAGUUGAUAGCAUCACGAUGACUGUAGAUCGGUUCGUGUUCUUUCUCUACUGUGUGCACGACAUGCCCAUACCGGCUGGAAUCACCAUCUAGGCUAACUAUGGAAACGAGAAGAGAUUGAACUGACGUAUCUAAGUCAUGUGUUGCGGUCUUCUCCGAUGUACCCGUCGCGAUGGUCAAUGUGAUUGAUCUAGUGAAAAUAAGGGACAUUAUGAAUGACCCUGAAUCGGCUUGAUUAGAUCAAUCCAAGGAGAUUUUCGUACCAAUUCUAUAGAUAUGAUCUAUGAUUUUCCGAAGAGCUUUCAGGACCGUUGUUGCAAUCUAUUGAUAGCGGCCUCUUCAUACCCCUACAGUAGAGUAUGUUCUGCGCCUAACUUAUUUUUGCAGGGUGUGAUGUGAAUGGUAUGGCCUCAAGAUCAUGUGAUGAUCUGUGUGUAAUAAGUUGUGUGACCUGCGAGUCACAAGUUGAAACAAUCGGGCUGAGGUUGUCCCAUUAUUGUAUAACGGCGUGCGUGUCGACAUGUGAUGCUUGAUCCCCUCAUGUAAUUUACUUUAUUAGUGCUAUUAGAUGUAAUAGCUUAGUAUUUGUCCUUGGAGGCUUCAAGCAUGCUGGCGAUGAUGAUCACCACAAGACAGGAAGGAUGGCAAUGGAAGUCACCAUGGAGCCAUGGCGAUGGAGACCAUUGUGAUGCAAAAGGUCAUACUGUUCAUAAUAUAAUAUGAUUAUAUGCCUGUGAUGUUUAUUUACCUGUCAUACUAUUCUCUCAUGUCUUUCAUAUGGUCGAUAUGCUUUUAAUCAUGAUAGAAUAGCUUCCCUCAUUAAAGUUGAGAACUUUGAUAUCCUUUUCCGAUAGCUGCACCUAUUAAUAUUUUGAUCGUUAUGUGGUAGGUUUACCAAAGUAGAGUGCCAUCAACUAUCAUCAUGAAUAGGGUGGGUGUCGAAAAUUCACUAGCAAUAGUACCGGUUUACUCAACAAAGCUAUCAAAAUUGUUUUGGGCUUGAGGAUAUGUUGUUGGAGCCGGGGCAUUGGAUGCCAACCAACAAACAAGAGUCAUAUAGAGAUAUGAUUAGCAAUAUGUUGUUUACCUAUGUCACUAACUUUCUAGUAGUGAAGCCAAAGCUCACUAGGAUUUUAGUGAAUAUGGGUCUUGGUCCCCUAUAUGCCGUUAGAGGGAAGACAAUGUUAAUAUAGCGGGAGUCUUUUAUUAAAUUUGUUAAUAGAAGCAUCGCAUAAAACUUAGUGCUAAAAUCUUGCUCUUAUUUUAAUAUUGUAGAUCAUGUCUGCCAGUAACACUUUCACUUUCAAUUUGCGAUCUAUUCUUGAGAAAGAAAAGUUGAAUGAAACAAACUUUAUUGAUUGGUAUCGCAACCUGAGAAUUGUUCUCAAGCAAGAGAAAAAGGAGUAUGUUCUUGAGCAACAAUACCCUAAUGACCUCCCUGAUGGUGCAACUACUGCAGCCCACAGAGCUUAUGAGAAGCACUGCAAUGAUUCACUCGAUGUUAGCUAUCUCAUGCUUGCCACCAUGUCCCCUGAUCUGCAGAAGCAGUAUGAGCAUGACGAUGCUCACUCCAUGAUUAAGAGGCUGCAUGGAAUGUUUGAAAACCAAGCUAGGAUUGAGAGGUACAACAUCUCAAAGUCCUUGUUUGCGUUCAAGCUGGCAGAGGGUAGCCCGGUCAGUCCUCAUGUAAUCAAGAUUAUUGGUUACAUUGAGACUUUGGAGAAACUUGGUUCUGAACUCAAGCCUGACUUGGCUAUUGAUGUCAUUCUCCAAUGGCUCCCAGUGAGCUAUGAGCCUUUUAUCAUGAACUUUUAGAUGAAUGGCAUGGAGAAAACAUUGGCUGAAUUGCAUAGGAUGCUAAAAAUAGUAGAGGAGAGCGUUAAGAAAAACCCCACUCAUGUGAUGGUGGUUCAGAAGGAGAACAAAACGAGGAAGCUUUGGACGCCUCCCAAAGGCAAAGCUAAAGGAAAGGUUCCUAAUGAGCCCUCAAGCUCUAAGCAAAAGCUAAAGUUGAAAUCUGGCCCUACUCCUAAUGAUGAAUGCUUCUAUUGCCAUGCCAAGGGGCAAUGGUCAAGAAACUACAAGAAAUACUUGGAGGAUCUGAAGAAGAAGGAAAGUGAGACUUCCACCUCAGGGGCUUCAAAGGACUAGAAGAUUUGCAAGGGGCGAGUUGGAUGUUCGUGUCGGCAAUGGAGCAAAGGUUGCGGUCAUGGCGGUCGGCACUUAUCACUUCUCGUUACCCUCUGGAUUGGUUUUGGAAUUAAAUAAUUGUUAUUACAUUCCUGCUUUGAAUAAGAAUAUUAUUUCUUCUUCAUGUUUGGAAGAAGUUGAUGGUUACGAGAUUGUAAUAAAGA